GCGGCGGUUUCCACGAGAAUCGCGUGGCGCGCCACGCUGCUCUACAUGACCGACAAUUUUACUUCCACGCUUUACCUGGCGCUGCGCUACCGCUGCGUACUGAGCCAGCUAUACAUCGCGCGAAAUAGACGGAGGAAGACGGAGAAACAGAAUGACGUUGCACGCGCGAAAAGAAAUGACCAAUCGGAUAGAUAUUACGGGUUUAGUCGGGCCUCAUAAAACUUACUGCGUGUCUAUCGGCUAUUCUUCGGGACGCCGGGGGUAGUGUGGGCAGAACUCGCCGAUAUAAUUUCGCGGCUGCGUUGUGUGUCGCGGCGCAACGCAUAUACAUCCGGCGUGUUCGAGAAAGGGCUACCUCGUCGAUGAGGAAUGAGCUAAGCUGUGCGAUGUCAAUAAUAUAUGAAUCGAUUUCUGCGUGUUAUUCGCGAAUACUUGGCGGAAUGUUAUUCGCGCGCAUUUAACUUUGCGUUUAAUUUUGUCAUGUUCUACCAAAGGUAGAAAGUGUUUGUGAGACUGUAUUCUGUAUUUAAACUUUGCAAUAUUGAUCAAAAUGCAUCUAAAGAUUCUUUUCUUGUUCCUGAAUUACUUAUCAUUAUCGGUUGGAUUGGGGAAUAUUGUCCUGAUUAUUACCGACGAUCAAGACUCAAUUCUAGAUGGCAUGACACCAAUGACAAAUACACUGAAUCUUAUAGGACGUCAGGGUAUCACGUUUACAAAUUGUUUCGUAGCCUCACCCAUUUGCUGUCCUAAUCGAGCGUCCAUCCUGACUGGACGAUACCAGCAUAAUCAUUUGACAGUGAAUAAUUCUAUCGCUGGUGGUUGUAAUAGCAUACAGUGGCAACAAUUAAGAGAACCGGCAACGUUUGCUGCUCUUUUGCGAAAUAUCGCCGGAUACAAAACUUUUUAUGCGGGAAAAUACUUGAACGAGUACGGAAGCAAGAGAGUUGGCGGUGCGAAUCAUGUACCGAUCGGAUGGGACUGGUGGGCCGGUCUUGUAGGAAAUUCCAAAUAUUACGAUUAUUUGUUAUCGAUAAAUGGUACGGAAAGAAAGCACGGUAACACUGCAGGCGACUAUCUUACCGACGUAAUUAGUAAUCUAGCUGCGGAUUUUAUCAAAGGAUAUUCCCAAAAUCAACCUUUCCUUAUGGUAUUAGCACCCCCAGCCCCUCAUGCUCCUUUUACACCCGCCGAUAGACAUAAUGAUAAGUAUAAUGGUACAAAAGCAAAAAGGACUCCAAAUUUUAACACAGCCGUGAAUCAGGAUAAACAUUGGUUAGUUAGACGAGGUCCAUCUCCUUUACCAGACAGCGUAUUGCCGCAAUUAGAUAAGAUAUACAGGAAGAGAUGGGAAACUUUAUUAGCUGUUGACGAACUUGUUAAAAAUGUACAUGAGUUGUUGGAAGAGCGAAACUUGCUGAACAACACCUACUUUAUUUAUACGUCUGACAAUGGAUAUCACAUUGGACAAUUUAGUAUGCCCAUGGACAAGCGUCAACCUUACGAGACAGAUAUACGAGUUCCAUUAUUGGUAUCUGGUCCAGGAAUUGACCCGUCUAGAAUUUCCGCACCUGUCAGCAGUGUGGAUAUUUUCGCCACAGUUUUAGAUAUAGCUGAUGUGGAAUAUCCAUCAGAUGGGACAACAUUGUUUAAAACAAAGCGCAAUUUGUCACAAGAUCGUACAGUUUUGAUAGAGUAUCGGGGAGAAAGAUCCAAAAAUGUACCAUCAUCCGGUUGUCCAAGUGACAGUGAUUUGAAUGUUACACUAUGCAUAAAAGAAAUGGCGUGCAAAUGUCAGGAUGCCGCAAACAAUACGUUCAGUUGUAUUCGUCGUGUCUCUCUAAACUUUAAUAAUAUUUUCUGCGUCUUUGAAGAUAAUCAGAAAUUCAUUGAAGCCUACAAUUUGAACGUUGACGAAUACCAAAUGAUAAAUAUCGGGUACACAAUGAAGAAACAAUUGAGACACAGAUUCAGGAAACGUCUUAAGAGAAUGGCAAUAUGUCAAGACGCAGAAUGCGUUCUCACAGGAUUGGGAAACAAAUAUACAUAAUAGCAAUAGAUUACGUUUACUAUUUGUAUGUCAUACAUUGUACUACUAUACAUAUCGGAUGCAUGUAUUUGCGCGUAAUUAUUAAAGUAUAAUAAAGUAUCUUAAAUCAA